CGAGCCUAACUGAUUUGAACGGUGUGGGAAAACAAAUGACUCAACUUUUUUGUCAGCUCUACGCCCAAUAAACCGUAGCACCCUUCAUUGCUGACUUUUUGGCUGUUCUAUGUGCUUCCGGAUUUAUAUACUCCACCUCUAAGUCGAACCUUUCAUCAUCGUUGAAAUGUCUCAGAAGGGGGGUGCUAAUUGGACUGUUAGUGAGGAUGUUGCUCUAUGCAAUGCUUGGGUUAUCAUCUCGGAAGAUGGGGUCAUCGGAAUAAAUCAACCGGGGGAGAGUUUUUGGAACCGAGUUCAUGUGCUAUUUUCUGAAAAAAGUAGUGUUCAUCGGAGUCGGGAUUCAAUUGAGUCUCGUUUCAAGAUCAUCAAUCACCAAUGCUCGUUGUGGAAAGGUUGUGUGCCGAAGGCAAAUGCAACCCCGACGAGUGGGGCGAACCUAGCCAAUUUGGACUAUCAAGCCAAGGUCAUUUUCAUGAAUGAUAACCAUGGAAAACCAUUCAAAUUUGAGCAUGCUUGGCGUAUUCUCCACUCCUUUCCAAAGUGGUACCAACAAUACGAAGCUCCGAUAAAUUUAAAUUCCUCUCCAACAUCGCCCAUGGUCGUAGGUGGUGAUGUUAGCUCUCCCUCGGAUGGAGAGCCACUACAACGCCCUGAAGGUCGUGACAAGCAAAAGGCGAAAAGAAGUGGAAAGACAAAGGAGGGAACAAUCGGCAAGAAGAGUUGUGCGCGACGAGAUUCAAAACAAAGCCGUGGAGUCGGAGAUAUUGAAGAACCAGUAUAACAUAAUCUCUGCGGACCUUUCAAAGUUUUCACCGAGGAAGCAAAAGUGGAUUCGGGAAAAACAAGAACAAAUCAUGGGAUAUUCUCAAAAUACAUCAAGUGAUGUUCCCAGCGCUUCCGUUGAAGAAGAAGUCUACCUUCCCCACUUUGAUUUCUAG